AAAUAAAGCAUAUUGGGUCCUCCCCUCCUCUCCCUCAAUUCUCUGUUACAGAUCCCUAUUGUAUCUGUUUUGCAAUUGCCCCUUUGCUCUUUAUAGCUUUCUCAGGCGUUUGCUCUCUUUUUCUUUAUUUCAUUCAUUCAUUUUCAGAGCUUUUGAGGAAACGAGGAAGCAGAGGAAGAAGACUACGACGACGACGACGAUAACUACUCUGGUUUCGGACUUCCUGUUAUUGAUUUGAGUUUGUUUUUUCUGAUUUGUUGUGAAUGGCUGGAAUUUGCUGCGAACUUGUUGAGAGUGAGACAUCGGCCCCGAUGGAGCCGACCUCACGGACCUUAAAGCGUCGGAAAAUGGAGCUCAUGCCGUUUAAAUUUAUGGCUGAUGUUUCUGUUUCAUCGCCGGUGGAGUGCUCUCGGAAGCGCCAUAAGCUCGAUCUCUGUUCACCUUCGUCUUCGUCUGCAUCUUCGUUGUUGUUACAGAGCAAGCGCGAUAGCAGAGUCGAAAGCUGUGAAUCGAAGUCUCAAGAGGAAAACGAAGGAGCCAAGUGUAAUAAAGAAGCUUGGCGUUUGAAUAAUCAUGAUGGUGAGAAAUCAACGAACGACGCCGUACAGGUGUAUAGCCCUAAGUUCGGGAUGACUUCGGUUUGUGGAAGGAGGAGGGAUAUGGAAGACGCUGUUUCGAUUCAUCCAGGUUUUAUCCAACACGAAGGUUCAUCAGCUUCCAAUCAAAAUCUUCAUUUCUAUGGCGUUUUCGACGGCCAUGGUUGCUCUCAUGUGGCUUUCAAGUGUAAGGAUCGGUUGCAUGAGAUUGUGAAGGAAGAGGUCGAAGUCGAAAAAGUAGAUGAGCCUGUUGUGCAGUGGAAAGAGACGAUGGAAAAAAGCUUUGAGCGAAUGGACAAGGAGAUCCAGGAAUGGUGUGACGGUAUUAAGACCUCUAAUUGCCGAUGCGAGCUUCAAACUCCGCAGUGCGACGCCGUUGGAUCUACCGCAGUCGUCGCCAUCGUAACGCCGGAGAAAAUCAUCGUUUCGAAUUGUGGCGAUUCCCGCGCUGUGCUUUGCCGGAACGGGGUCGCGAUUCCACUUUCUUCCGAUCAUAAGCCGGAUCGGCCCGACGAACUGGUUCGGAUUGAAGCCGCCGGGGGGCGCGUGAUCUAUUGGGAUGGACCGAGAGUUCUAGGAAUGCUGGCCAUGUCCAGGGCCAUCGGCGAUAAUUAUCUGAAACCGUACGUCAUAUCGGAACCGGAGGUGAUGAUAACUGAUCGGACCGACGACGACGAGUGCUUGAUACUGGCGAGCGAUGGUCUCUGGGACGUGGUGUCGAACGACACGGCCUGCGGUGUCGUUCGCAUGUGUCUUCGUGCUCAGAGACAACCAUCGCCGCCGGGAUCACCGGGAAGCGAAGCGGUGGUGAGGUCUGCCGCCUCUUGUGAGAAUUCCGAUAAGGCGUGCUCGGAUGCAUCUAUUUUGCUCACCAAAUUGGCACUGGCUAGGCACAGUACGGAUAACGUGAGUGUUGUGGUGGUGGAUUUGAGAAGAAAUUAUAAUCAAGUAUAGUCUCUUAUAGAAAGAUAACAAAUACUAAUCUUUUUUUUUAGCCAAAAUGAAAAAAAAAAAAAAAAAUCCAACAUUUUAUAAGGAAAAGAAGUUGCGAAAGGGAACGUCUUUGUUAAUCUUAAUUGUAAGUUGUAUAUUGCCAUUUUCUCUCAUUGCCCAAAAAGGAAAAAAAAUGGAGGGAAAAGAAAAAAAUUCCAUGAAAAUUUAUUUUCGAGUCUGGUUCUGGGUUUUUUUAGGUUUCUCCCUUUUUAUUUUUAUUUUUUUGUUUUCGAGAAGUGCUCGGAAUGUUGCAAAAAAAAAAUUUUUGCAGCUACUUGAUGUUUGCAUUUGCGGGCUAAAAUAGUAAAUAUAUUGUUUACUACACCAGAUUGCAAUU